UUUUGCGUCUCACCUUUUAGACCUGUGUUUACGUCGUCUUGGCCGCGUGGUUGACCGUGUGGCACGAUGAUUGCCGGGGAUAUCGACGACGUUUGCUAUUUCGGAGUCCUGACAGCGCUGUUGCUUCGCUCGGCGACUUCGUUAUGGCCUUACUCGGGUGCUGGGAAGCCACCUAUGUUUGGAGAUUACGAGGCUCAGAGGCAUUGGCAAGAAGUCACCGUGAAUCUCCCGGUGACAAAAUGGUAUGAGAACUCAACAGACAAUGAUCUCCUCUACUGGGGCCUGGACUACCCGCCUCUGACGGCCUACCAUAGCUGGUUAUGUGGCAAAGUUGCAGAAGUCAUCAACGGCAGUUGGGUUGCCCUCAGUACAUCACGAGGUACAGAGAGCUAUGACCACAAGCUGUUCAUGCGAUACACAGUCCUGGCUGCUGACGUCCUUGUGUACUUUCCCGCCGUGCUCUUCUUCUGGAACUCGCUCUGGUCUCCAGUGAGGAUGAAGCCGAGAGAUGUGGCUAUUGCCAGCACCCUCACCUUGAUUGUGCCUGGGUUGGUUCUCAUCGACCAUGGUCAUUUCCAGUACAACUGUGUGAGCCUGGGCCUCGCUUUGGUUGCCGUAGCUUUCGUAGAGCGCGAGAGCCCCCUGCUUAGCGCUGUGGCCUUUUCGCUGGCACUCAACUACAAGCAGAUGGCGCUGUACUAUGCGAUUCCUUUCUUCUGCUACUUGCUGGGAUGCUGCUUCCAGCAGCGAGGCCUUGGAUACAAGCUGAGGCUGUUCCUUGGCCUUGCCCUAGCAGUCAGUGCCACCUUUGGCGUCUGCUGGGCACCUUACUUGGGCAGCCCUGACCGAGCCUUGCAAGUCCUAAGGCGCCUGUUUCCACUAGACAGGGGUCUGUUUGAGGACAAGGUUGCCAACAUCUGGUGCACUCUGUCCAUCGUCAUCAAGCUUAAAAACCUUUACUCACCGACUGUACUUGCAUUGGUCAGCGGCCUUGUGACGCUUGGCACGGCAAGCAUCUCGGCAGUUGACGUGCUGCUGCGACCGAUGCCGGAACGUUUUCGAUUCAGCCUGAUCAACUGUUCCCUGGCAUUUUUUCUCUGCUCCUACCAAGUUCACGAAAAGACCAUACUGUUCCCAGCACUAGCAUUCUACCUCAUCUUACAUAAGCAUCCUGGCCUGGUGGUGUGGUUUUCAACACUAGCAACAUUUAGCAUGUUCCCACUUCUCUAUAAGGAUGGCUUGGUGACUCCAUACAUCGCCCUGGUCGUGCUUAACCUAGUGUUUGUCUACCAGGCCUACUUGAAAGAUGCGAGCAGGAGCACACACGUUACACUGCUGUUUGUGCUGUCACUCGCGGGCUGCGUUGCACUCAACGUCCUGCACCUGACAAUGCCGCCACCGGCGCGCUACCCCGAUCUGCACCAACUUCUGAACGCAGCUUACAGCUGUGGCCACUUCCUUCUGUUUCUGAUCUACACGCACUACCUGCAGUUCCAGCUGCCAGCAUCGCGAUUCACCAAAAUCAAGAAGAAGUGAGGUGCAACAUUUCUCGCGUACAGCCCAUGCCAUGAUAGGGCCAGUGGAACGAGAGAGUAGUUUACUGCACACUUCUUUGACCAAAACAGUCGCAGCGUUGAAGGAAAACUCCUUCAUCCUUUAUGGUGAACAUUCUGUGGUGCCAGCAGCCAUAUGUGCGCCGUGCACCGGCUGGAACGAGAUGCGAAUUCAAGGACUUGAGGCUUUCCACACUAUGCGUGUCACACUGCUUGCAUUUGGAGGAGAGUGCUGCUGUUGCUUGAACAUUCGAUCCCAAUCGUCUCAGUCUCUUAAAAUGAUGUUGACUGCGCACCUAAUUGUGCACGGUGUUUAAUUCUGGUUUGUCUGUGUGCGGGCCACGUUUGGUGUACCAGGUGUUUUCGAGGGUUGAUGUUCCACUAAAAGCAUUUGAGUCAAGAGGGAGGUCAGUAGACCGAUCUGGGGCUCCUUUAUUUAUUAUUAUUAUUUUUGUUUUUGUUUGUGCAGCUAUAAGCAGCUGCUGCCAAGUGCCAUGAGGUUUUGAGUGAGUUGAGCAGGCAAGCGUCUUAUUGUCUGGACAUUUAGAAAAACGAGCCAUCGCUAGCUCCAGUAACCUAUAGUGCAGUGAGCCACUAGUCUACCAUUGGGCCAAUGCCAAAAUAUCUGUUAAUGUUAAGAAAUACACCACAUGCUACCAAAGAGCUUACUUUCUGUGACACAAAAAUAUUGUGUCAUCAUAAUGUUUAUGGGCAUUCUGGGAGGGCAUUGUUAUUGGUCGUACGACUUGUGUGCUCAGCGUUUCUUGGAAUAUUUGUAUGCGGUGCCUUAGUAAUGUUGCUGAUGAGAUACUUCAGCAUGUUUUCAGCAUGUUCAGCAUGGUGGCACGGGACUUGACAGGCAUUGAGCUUUACGACCUGGCAAGCACAUCGUGUUUGUGGGCAAGAUUAUGUUUGUGAGGUCGUGCUCUGGUUCCUUGUGUGUGAAUUUGUGCACAGAAUGCCAGGCGGGCUGCUUUGUGUUCAUACAAUGUACCCAUUAGCAUGAAUUCAGAUGUGGACAAUUCAGAAACUACUGCGGUGCUUUGUUUCAUUUCCAGGUUCACCUGAAUCUUUAACAGUGGCUUAAUUCAGAUCCCAAAAGGCACGCUUGGUACUACACUAUGCAUAGAAACUGGCUAUGGAGCAAUUACUUGUUACACUUUCAUGUAAUUAUGCAUAGCAGGUGUUAUCAGGUAUCUCCCAUUUUAAAUUAUGAUGGUACCUGUGUGUGCCAUAAAUACAAUAUGGUUCCUUUCCAAUUUUUUUUUUCUUUUAGCAUCUGUUACAUGACUAAAAGGUUACAUGACUCGGCAACUUUUUUUUAUGUGGCCGUUCACAUGAAAGUUUAUUAUGUAUUUGCAGCACAUUUCUUGUGCUCAGUACGUGAAUUUUUAUUGCUGUGUAGUUGUAACUGAUGUGAACAGCUUACCUUUUCUGUGCGUGUUGUUUGUACAUGUGCAGUGGCAGGGUAACUCUAGCAGCAUGUGCUAAAAACAUAUUUAGUAGGCAAUUUCUUCAUUUAAAAAAAAAUUUUGUCCUCAUUUACAGCCACUUUAACUGUCAAAGUGCCUGCACUGCUCUAGUCACUAACGCUUGCUAACCAUUCCUUGAAUGCAUAGCAAUUCUAUGCGAGAGAACGUCAGGGAUGCAGAUUAACGUAAAAUUUUUAUGAUUCAGUUCUGAUACGGAUGUGUAAGAACUAUGUGCCUCACUGUUCACAUUUCUAUAGUUGAUAAUAGUACUUUGAAAUGGUUCAUUGUUGGCCCAAGGACUUAUCGAAAGCAAUUACAUAAUUAAGAGCAGAAUAAAAGGUGAACCUUAUUGAUACAAUCCUGCUUCAUAUGAUUUCCUGAUGCUAACGUUCGCAAUCAAGAGAACUAAAAAUGACCCAGUAUGGUUUCGCUUCUUUGUUUACCAGCAAAUAUGUUCCUGGAAAAUGUGGAUCUUUCGCCACCAAUGUUGAUUACAGUGUCAAACUGCGAUUGCAUGAUAUGUUUUCUGACUGCUAGAUCCCAUGUGAACAAGGAAAGGUGCGAGGCACGCAUGAUGAAGAGCAGUAGGCACCAAACAUGGCAGCUUCACCGCAGUACUUGUUUGCCCAUGUCUCGUGAAAACGCCAGAACACAGUCAGUUCCCUUAUCCAGUACCAGCAAAUCUCCUAGGCGUAUGUCACAUCCACAGCUGUCGCUGCCAACCCUGCUGCGAUAAGCAUCUUCACCUAUCUUUUUCACAGCAUAUGUGGUGUACUGUCGUUGUAAACAUACUGCACGCUUUUAUAGACUAUAAACCAAGCGCUCCACCAUUCCCUGUUGCAAGCUGUGCAAAGUGAGUGUCAUGUAUUGCGCCAGCAGCAUUGUAUUGUGGUGUCACCCACCAGCUUGAUGUUGUUUCGGUUUCGGGUUGCUGUUUUAAAACACUACACAAUAGAAAAACGAAAGAAGAAAAAAGUGCGUCACAGGCCCUGCCAGCUUGACGCAUGUCGUGUCAACGCCUCGUGCUGCAAGAAUUCGCGCAAUUGCUUUGCAUUACGUAGACCAACUACGGGCAAGUUUGCUGAAUUCGUUUGCGACAUCGGAUUGUACAUUUUCCUGGUUAGUAGUACAUCUUCCCUUUGUCGCUUUUUUUUAAAACGUAUGAACGAAGUUCUACUUAAUAUGUUAGCAUUGCUGAUGUAAUGUUGAUAUUACAGCAUGUAGACCCUCUGCAAGGCACAUGUUCCUCUUUUAUCCCUUUUCCUUCCCUUUAUCAUUUCCUGUGUUUGCAAGAUUACUGAAGUGCGAUACUUUUUCUUUACUGCAUAUAUUUUAAGUGCAUGUCUGCUCUUCAUAAUAAAGCCCUCUUGGUUGUGUGCCACCA